AUGGCGUCUAGAGAUAGCCCACAAUGGCUCUUUAUCAACAGUGAUGCUAACCAUAUGAAACGAGAUGACAGCGAGAUCUUUCAGAUCAACUCGUACAUGAGCAAGACUCGUCGCAAAAUCAAUCGAGCAUUGAGACAGAAAGAACUUGAGCUCAAGACCGGAGAAUCGGCUGAGACUGCUGGAGGCGGUCAUCAGAACGUAGUACCAUACCAUCCCCAGACACAUGCCGCUGAGAGGCAAACAGCGCUUCCACAAGUCAUUGUUUUCAGAAAUCCAGCGCAGUCCAAGCGAAAGGCAAAAAACAGGAGAACGGAAUUAUUUCUGAAUCGGCCGAGCAAAGAGGCGAAUGUCGUUGAUGACGAUGCUCAGCAACUGCCCUCUUUGAGGACAUUGAUUGGAGACGGACCUCGCGGGGACCCGUUUGCGAUAUAUCCUGUUAAGGCAACCCCGACUGUGCAAAGCGCUUUCGAUUACUAUGCUUCAGUGUAUGCUCCACCAGCAAUUGAAUCGCUAUUAGGCUCACCCGGGAAUCCACCCUAUACCGCAUAUUUUCAGAUGAUACUGGGUGAUGUACUGCUCUUCCAUGUUGUUAUUGCGUAUACACAGAUCCACCAAGAACGCCUCCGUAGUGGCCAAGCGAAAUGGAGUCCUCAUUUUGCCUUCCAUUCUCAACGGGCUUUAGAAAUCCUUCACGACCGAAUAGUCAAGAAUGAAAACUGCACCAGUGAUGCGACCGUCUUGAGCAUCAUUAUGUUGGCAGGUUGCGCGGGGAUGCUGGCGGAUUUUAAGGGGAUUCAGGUCCAUGCUGGGGGCCUCCGGAAAAUCGUGGCAAUGAGAGGUGGCCCCAAAACUCUUGGAGUGGACAGAGGGCUGGGCACUUACUUGAGGACCCGAGUGCAACAGGUCGAGCAUGGUUACAGUGCAUGGGUUAAGCAGCAAGAGGCCAUGAAAGCCCGGCUAAGGUAUCCUUCAUCGCCAGUCCCUGACGAUCUUCGGCAGAGAAUAGAGAAGUUGCCGCCCGGAUUCCGCAGGAUUUGUCUUACAGGCUCGAUCAACUUUCCUGUUAUCGACUAUUUAGAAAGAGCAAUCCAGGUCUUCCAUCCUCAAAACAGCGCGGACGCCGUCGACAUUUUGACGCUCUUGACUGAUGCGUACAUGAUCACUGAAACACCAGACCUCCAACUGGUGGAACGAAUGAUCAUGGUGCCGGUGUCGUAUCUUUGCCUUUACUGUGAUCGAAUUCAACGCGGUCACGGAAAUGCUCCCAAUGUGGCAGUCGUCGAAGGACAAGGAAGGAAACUAUGUGCAGUAUAUGAUUUGUCUGAAUGUGACAGCGACUGUUUAUUGUGGGCUGCGCUGAUGCUCCACGAAACAGCCUUUCCAGAUUCAGUGAUACACGAAUUUGUGAGCAGGGUUCUGGAUGCUGUUGACAUCAGCACAGAUAAACAGCGGGAGCUCGAAAGCUCGUUCUUGCCGAUGCCAUCGAGGUACAACUGGCUACAUCCUUCUUUGGGCCGAAUAGAGGAAGCAGUUACAGAGACCAUUGAUAGGGGCCGUUCGGAUCCCUGA